AUGGCCCACUGCCUAGGACUCGCGCUGCUGCUGCUGCUGUUGGGGUCGGCGAGCUCGGCUGGAGGGAACCGCUGCGUGGCCGCGGCCGAGGCGUGCACGGCGGAUGCGCGGUGCCAGCGGCUGCGCACCGAGUACGUGGCGCAGUGCCUGGGCCGGGCCGCACCGGGGGACUGCCCUCGCGCCCGCUGCCGCCGCGCCCUGCGCCACUUCUUCGCCCGCGGACCGCCCGCGCUCACCCUCGCGCUGCUCUUCUGCCCCUGCGCGGGCCCCGCGUGCGCCGAGCGCCGCCGCCAGACCUUCGUGCCGGCCUGCGCCUUCUCCGGGCCGGGCCCGGCGCCGCCCUCCUGCCUCGCGCCGCUGGAGGCCUGCGAGCAUAGCCGGGUCUGCAGGCCCCGCCUCCGAGCCUUCCAGGCCUCCUGCGCGCCGGCCCCGGUGGUCCCCGACGACUGCCCGCCAGAGCAGGCCCCCAGCUGCCGGCGUGCCUACGCAGGCCUCGUGGGUACCGCCGUUACUCCGAACUACGUGGACAACGCGAGCGCGCGUGUGGCACUUUGGUGCGACUGCGGAGCCAGCGGGAACCGGCAUGAAGAGUGCGAAGCCUUCCGGGGGCUCUUUACGAGGAACCGCUGCUUGGACAGAGCCAUACAGACCUUUGAGAGCUGGUGGCCCCCAGUUCUGCAGGACCCCCACCAGGACACUGAGCACAGUCUCAUGCAGGUAGGUGCUGGGCAGGGACUCGGAGCUGGCAGCUCCUGCACUGCUGCCUUCCAUACUCUUCCAUGCCAGAUGUGAAAAUGUGACUGGCCUGGGUUGGCAGUGUAGCUGAGAGCAGAGCCAGGCUUCUCACCUCAAGCCCACAGGUCUGCUUCCUACCCUCAAGGUGUCCUCCGCAGACUGGCUUCUAGAGGGGAGCUUCCUGCUCUUCAUACUCCCAACCCUGGCUCUCUGGCCCCUACUCUGACAAGGACUACAGACAGCGGACAAGAGCAACAACCAUCCCACCCUUCCUGGGGUCUCAGGGCCAUGUCUGUGGCC